AAAACACAAAAUCAAAUUUAAACAUACAUACAAACAUAAAUAAGUGUAGUGCAUUAUUUAUUUAAUAAAGCUGUGGCACAAACCGGGCUUCCUAUACCACACACAUAUACGGGUGACGUAAAAAAGUGUACAAAAACAUAAAACGUUUACCAAGCGAAAAUAGACACGGUUACAAAAUUUCAAAAAUACAUAGUAACACAAAUUAAAGAACAUUAAAGAAACAAAAAGUAUACAUAUUUGGAAAGUUCAAAACUCAUACAUACACGAACACAUAUUUGAAGAAAAAAACUAAAAUAAAUAAAAAUUAUUUUAAAUUAAAACAAAAGACCGAGGAUUUAUACGAACACACAACGAAAGGAGUAAAAAGACAACGAAACAUCAAGAGUAGCAACAGGAACUAAAACGGCUCAACACCAACAACAAAGUCCGGAACAACAACAACAAGAAACAAGUACACUAAUGUCUGAAACCCGCAAAAAGCCAGAGCCACAAAAGUGCCGUCUGUGUGGUCAACGUCAUGUACUGAGGCAGUGCCGGGCGUUCUUAGCGAUGAAGCCGGAGGAGAGGUACGAGUGCGCCCGGACUCAUCGGUACUGCAUUAAUUGCCUCGCCGUUUCGCACACCACGGGGGCGUGUGACUCCGCGUCCAGCUGCCGUCAAUGCUCGCUGGGUCAUCACACGCUUCUACGCCAACAGGAACUCCGGCGACUGGUAGCUGAAGCAAAGGCGGCCCUGGACAAGUUAGAUGCCGCCCUAAAAUCAACAACGCAUCAGGGGGGGGGGGGCGGCAUGUUGAGAACAUGA